GGCGUUCGUGUAUGGAGUGAAUCAUAUUCUAGUAUUGAUUGGAUCCACGAUCGUAUCAAGGAAGGUGUCAGAUUGAGAAAAUUGAGAGACAUACCAGGUGUACGUGGACGAUGGGCCAAAGCAAGUGACGCCUCUCAAGCAUGGAUAUUAGUAAUCAUCAUCGGUAUAUGUGUUGCUAUGAUAGCUUGGUUCACCAAUGUCGUCCAAGAAUGGUUGUCAGAUCUCAAACAAGGAUACUGUACGUCCAAAUGGAGAUACAAUCGACAGUUUUGUUGCUGGGGAAAAGCAGAAUACGAGACUUGUUCAGACUGGAGGUUAUGGCCCGAAGUAUUUAAUGUUGAAAGUGAAUCCGGAGUGUAUUACACUGCCAUGGCAAUGUACACUUUUGUUGGUCUAUUGUUUUCCUUGUCGUCUGCACUCAUGGUCAAGUACUCGGCCGAAAAACUAACAAUGCAAGAGGAAGAGGAAGAGGAAGAAAGACAUAUUAAUGGCGGUGGUGAGGAAGGCAAAAAAGCGGACCAAACAAAGACAGAAACAAAGACAGCUUAUUACAGUGCUGGAUCUGGUAUCCCGGAAGUCAAGGUGAUUUUGGGAGGGUUUGUCAUUAAAGGUUUCUUGGGUUUCAAGACCUUGUUUGUAAAAUGCAUAGGGUUGAUCCUUUCGACUUCUUCGGGGUUAAACUGUGGUAAAGAAGGUCCUUUUGUUCAUUUUGCUUGCUCAGUGGCCAAUAUUGCAUGUCGCAUAUUCCCCAAAUUUAACAAGAAUGAAAGCAAAAAACGAGAAAUAUUAUCUGCUGCCGCUGCAUCUGGAGUUGCUGUUGCCUUUGGAGCUCCAGUUGGUGGUGUCUUGUUUAGCUUGGAAGAAGUCAGUUACUAUUUUCCUAUAAAGACAAUGGUUCGAAGCUACUGUUGCGCAAUAGUAGCUGCUAUGGUUCUCAAGAUAACCAAUCCAUUUGGAACUGGAAAGAUUGUAUUAUUUGAAGUACAAUAUGAUAAGGAAUACCAUCUAUUUGAGCUGAUUCCAUUUUUGAUCUGUGGAAUCUCUGCUGGAUUCUUUGGCGCGGCUGUUACAUACUACAACAUCAAAUUCCAACAUUUUCGAAAGAGAUCCUUUGUUGGAAAAUACCCAGUUACUGAAGUCAUGUGCAUAAUGAUACUCACCGCUCUUGUUAGUUUCUGGAAUCCUUUUACCAGAUUGAGUCUCAAUGAUUUUGCUUUGAACCUGUUCUCCGAAUGCUCGAGUACAAACGAUAAUAGAAAACUUUGCGCAAAGACUGCUGCGGAAAUUCCACAAAUAUUGUCUCUUCUCUUUGCUGCCCUGAUAAUAAAAAUGGGACUUACUGUAGUAACCUUUGGUUGUCGUGUUCCAGGUGGUGUAUUUCUUCCAGGCCUUGUCGUGGGUGCAGUCACUGGGCGUAUGAUUGGUCUGAUUAUGCAAUAUUUGACACUCUCGUAUCCUGAAGCAUGGCCCUUUGAUUCAUGUGCUGAGGAUAUGAUCUCUCAUGGAAAAUGCGUAAUUCCAGGUGUUUAUGCUAUAGUGGGAGCUGCUGCAGGCUUGACAGGUGUAACUAGAACAACAGUAUCUCUUGUGGUUAUUAUAUUUGAACUUACAUAUUCAUUGACAUAUGCUGGGCCCAUAACGAUUGCUGUAAUGGCUGCAAAGUGGACAUCUGAUGCAAUGUUUCCUGAAGGCAUAUAUGACCUUUUGAUUGAUCUUCAACAAUACCCUUACCUAGAUUCUCACAAGUCAUAUGCCCACACCUUAACAAUAAUGGAACUUACCGAAUACUUGCCUACAAUUGACCUUGACCAGACUACGACAAUGGCUAGACUCACCCAAAAGAUGAACUUGUUGGCUGGAAUGGGAUAUGGCGAGGAUGGUGGACUACCGAUCCUAAGCCAAGGAAACAUCCUUGAAGGAUAUAUUGCCACAAGCGAACUGUCACACGCGAUUGAACAAGUUGCACAUGAGACCCAAAGUUACCAGAACAGUCUGUACCCUCAAAACAUAGACGAUACUCCAAUAUACUUUAAAGCUGGUCAGGUAUAUGAUCGGUCAUUUGAUGCCACUAUUGGUUUCAGCCAACCGAUCCAAGGUCAAAAUGAUGAAGAGCAUGCACCAUUGACAAUCCACCAUAAUGCGUCAAUGGAAAUGUUGAUGGAUAUGUUUGUAAAGUUGGGAGCACGCUAUGUGUGUGUUACUCAAUCAAGCGGCAGAUUUCUUGGUAUUGUUCACAAGCGUAGAUUGCUUGCCUACCUCAAAGAACUUGAAGAA